AUGGAACCGCCAGACAGUUCGGGACAACCAAAUCGAUCGGCCGUCGUCCUUGUGCAAGACCUGCAGUCGUGCGUUCCGCUGGGGAAAGUCCUAGCUGAAGGGGACCUUCUCUACGUUCUUACGCCGGCUGCCGUGCCAAUCGAGUCAGCAAAGCCGGGACAAGCGCAACAGGACCCGUUCGAGCCCUUUGGUCGGGCAUUGGCCACGUACCACCCUUGGGUUCGGCACAUCCCUUAUAUGGUCCGAGACGGCAUUACUGGGUACCACGCCAGUCAUCUCCGUCUCGCUACUGCUGUUAUCUUUGUCAUCACCGGACCACCUUGCGCUGGCCAACCAUCUCAGAUCGCGCUCUCCCAGACCGCGCGACAAUUCGUGCCGGACCGACCACAAAUUGUGCUGACCUGCUGCAGCCUGCACGACCUGGGCUUAAGCGUGACGGACAGCCCAUUUCCUACGCUGGUUGAAAUACCAGACUACGCGCGCCCGCACCUCGAGGCGGCUGCCGACUUUCUCUUCCGAUCGCCAGCGUCGCCACGGGGCUCUCGAUCCUCGCAGGAUCCGCCGUCUAUGGCGCUAUCGUCGAGGACGCGCUGGCUGGUGCAGGAGUGGGACGUGCGAGAGGCUCCCCUCGUCCAUGAGCUGUGGUGCCGCAGCCUGCCGUCCUGCUUCAGCCUCGACUUUGCGACCUUCCAGCGGUUGCUCCACCGGCCGGGCUACUCAAAGCACUUUGUUGUCCGCAGCCCGUCUACGCAUGAGCUGCUGGGCUUCUGUGCCACCUUUACCACCUUCAUCGACAAUAGCGACUCGUCCUGGAUCGGCUGUCUGGCCGCCAUCCUCGUCCACCCAGCCCACCAACAGCGCGGAAUCGGCACGAGCCUGCACAGCCAUGCCAUGCGCCAGCUGGCCGAGCACCGUGUGUCGCGGCUGCAGCUGGGCAGCACGUUCCCCCGCCUCUUGUACGGCAUUCCGUACGGCAUGCCGUCCGAAGACUGGUUCCGGCGACGGGGAUGGCGCAUCGACACGCCUGGGCUCGCCGGCUGCGGCCAGGAGGCCUGCGACUGGGUCCUGGACUUUGGUGACUGGAGGGCAGAUGGGCUGUCAAGUGGGGGGUUGACGUUUCGGAAGUGUGAACUCAGCGAAUUCGACCAGGUGCUGGAAUUCGUGGCACGCGAGUCUGUCCGCAAGGACAGCGUAGGCUGGUAUGACCAAUACUAUCAGCUCGCUGGCACCAUGGGCAUCCAUGACAUCCUGCUAGGACUGGAGAGGGGCGUGAUCGUCGCCACUGCUCUCACCUACAUUCCGCAAAACCACAGUCGGGCCGCUGACGACCUACCCUGGGCGGGCACCAUCGCCGCUGAUGUUGGCGGUGUAGCGUGCAUCUGCAUCACAGACGACCACCUGUCGGCGGCCCACACUCGAGACUCGGUGAUGAUCCGUCUGCUGGACUACUGCGUUCGCAGCCUCCAGGAGCAGGGCAUGCGGAAAAUGUUUCUCGACGCCAUCCGAGGCGGCUACGAGGGAUACCAGUCCAUAGCUAUCUCAGCAAGCUGGGCGGACCGAUUCCGCCGCUGUCCAGAAUGCCUAGACAGAGCCACGAGGGCCAACGAGGUACAGAUUCUAGAGCCAGGCCCAAGCAGCUAG